AGAAUGCGAACGCCAGACGCCAUAGGGCGAUAAGCCAUGGCACGGGCUGUAAGUACCUACUCAGGCUUUCGACUUUUAAGAGAGCAGACUUGCGAUCUCCCACUGUUGCUCGUGGCUUUACCCCCAGCCCAGUGCCACAGCUUGAGGACAAGACAACACCGCAGUAGUCGUCGUGAUACCGCAUCUCUCACUCUCUCUGUUGACAGUAUUACAAGGGGUACCUCUAAUGUGCCCUCUUAUUACGCUUAUCCAUCCGCCUUCCCUACUGGUCGACACAAGCAAGUGUGUUGGGCAACAAGCGCUGAAGGGUAUCCAGCGUCGUCGAGCACGUCACCUGCCGAGAGUAGGGUGUGUCCAGCAGCUUUGUAACUGGACCAACCUAACGCUUUAUCUCAACUAUCCAACUUUACUUACCCAGGGGCAAGCAAAUGGCAUUCUGAGCAAGCGGCUUGUAGUCACAAGCCACAGACAGCCCUUUUGCCUCGAACCGAUCCCAAAUCACCGUCCAAAGAUAACAGCAAAGCCGUUACCUGAAAAACAACUGCGACCUACGAUUCAAAAGUCGACCAUCUUCAAACUUCUUUUACUCCUCGCUGCGACUGGACUUGGGUUUCCCACAUUCUCAACCACGGUUGAACUACU